AUAAUGACACCACUUUGUCUACGGCCGCUCCGAUUAUGUAAAGGUCAUGGCAGGGUAACAUUGGCUGCCUCUUCCCAAUCCAGAUUCGGCCAUCUCCGAGCACACUGCAGGUGCUCAAUCUUCCUUCUUCCAUCGGUCGCCUUUCUGACUUCCUGGAAUCCUUCCUUGCCACUGCCCAGCGCGCCUGCUUAGCUUGCUGAAAUUUUUUUUCUUUCUCUCACUCUCAUAUCCUCAUCAUAGGUGGUUCGCAUCUGAGUUUGCCUCCAUCGUGCUCCGCCCAUCAGCAAGCUAAAGAGGAACGCAUGUUCCUGGUUGGCUAUCUGGGGUCUUAUCGCGAACAUCGGUUGCGCUAUCACGCCAUAGCACCCCAAUCAACCCGCCCACCACUAGUGCUGCGUCUAGAACAUCUUGAUUGUUUAAAACCCUGCAGCCUCCGCGGAAAUACGAGUCCCUCAUACUUCGUUGCUCAAUCGCGCACUUUGACAACAACUCUUUCGCGAUGAUCCACGACGAGAAGAAGGAGCCGGUGCAGCAGCCCGCCGAUGUCGACGAGUUCGAUUCCGAUGGAUACAGUUCGGCGGAGAUCUUGAAUGCGCUCAAGAAUGAGGACAACCAACAUGAGAUCCAGCUCCGGACUAUGUCGUGGCAGAAGGGAGCGUGGCUGCUGUGCGGAGAGCAGGUUUGUCUGGCUAUCAUGUCGCAAUCCUGGUCGCUCUCAGUUCUAGGGUGGGUGCCAGGGAUUAUCACCAUGUUACUUUCCGGGAUCCUGUUCUGGAUCACUUCAACGACCAUGCACAAGUUCAUCAUGAAACAUCCGCAGAUCCAAAAUAUUUGCGACUUCGGGUAUUAUGCAUUUGGCAAGAGUCGGAUCGCCUACGCAUUUGCCGGGUUCAUGCUGAUGGCGAACAACAUCCUCCUGAUCGGCUUCCACAUCUUGACCGGGGCGAAGAUUCUCAACACCUUGUCGGACCACUCCCUCUGCACGGUGGUGUUCUCGGUGAUCUGCACGAUCAUGGGCGUGGUGCUCUCCGUUCCUCGGACGCUGCACCAUGUCUCUUUCAUGUCCAUGUUCUCCUCGGCCUGUAUGGCCAUUGCCAUACUUCUGUUCCUUAUCUUUGCGGGGAUUGAGACAGCGCCACUGUAUGGGUACAACGGGAACUACCCCACCGACGGUCCCGUGCGCACCUACGCCUUUCCCCUUCCCGGCACGACCUGGGUCAACUGCAUGAACGCAGUCCUCAACAUCACCUUCCUCUGGGUGCCCCAGAUUCUCUUCCCGAGCUUCAUCGCCGAGAUGGAGCGUCCGCAGGACUUCCCCAAGGCCCUCGCCGUCCUCACCGGGAUCUCCGUCAUUUUGUUCAUCGUCCCCCCGGCCAUCGGAUUCCGCUACCUGGGUCAGUACGCCACCGCACCGGCGUUCGGUAGUCUGGGGACGGUCGCGUACAAGAAGGCCUCCUUUGGCUUCGUCAUCGCGCCCACUCUCAUCAUCGCCGUCAUCUACGCCAACGUCAGCGCCAAGUUCGUGUUCGGACAUCUGAUGGGUCGGUCGCGCCACGCGCACAGCAACACGGUCAUCGGCUGGGGGGUGUGGCUGGGCCUGAUGGCGGCGAUCUGGAUUCUGGGCUUCAUUUUCUCGGAAGUCAUCCCCAGCAUGGGCGACUUCCUGUCUCUGCUAGGUGCAGCGUUUGACUCGUUCUUCGGAUUCAUCUUCUUUGCCGUGGCGUACUGGCAACUAUACAAGGGCAAGCUGUUCGCCGGCGCUGGACGCAGCAUCAUGACGGUGAUCCAUGUGUUUAUCAUGGCGUGUGGGCUGUUUCUGUUGGGCCCGGGGCUGUAUGCGGCCGUGGAGGCGAUCAUUGCGGAUUAUGCCGGGUCGGUUUCGCCGGCGUUCAGCUGCGCGAAUCUGGCCUUGUGAUGUGUGAUGAUUACGUUUUUGUUUGUUGAUUACUUUUUUACUUCGCUUCUUUGUGAAUAUGAUGAACAGGAACAUUAAUCUGUACAUUUG